GCUGAACGAGAUUUAACACAAUUUACUCACUGGCUCAAAUCAAAACCACUCACCUGGAUUUAAUCUGAAUUUUCUGGUUCGCGGAAUAUUGCGCAAAAACACUGCAUUUUUUCCCUUCCAAAUUAAUCAUUUUUUCAAAAAUCAUGGAUUAAUCACAUGAACCGGUGACUGAUGCGCCCAAUAAACCCGGUCAUGCCGGCGACAUUCCGGUGUUUUUAUGCGCCAUAAAUCCGCGACAUAAACCUGCGAAAAUGCGUCGCGAUGCGAGAAAUGACAGUCAGAUCUUAUACGCGGAAGUGCCGACGGCAUUCGCCCACGCCGACGGUAUGGAAGUGCAGGUGGCCCAUUCCAUUCGCCGACGUCCUAAGAAGACCGGGCAGCGUGUCUGCACCGUCUUAUCCGGCGUCCUGGUCAGUCUCCUGGUGUUGGGGGGCAUCGCCGCCGUCGUCUGGUGGGUGUGUUUCCGCGAGGGCGCCCCGGUCAGUCGGCAGCCGGAGUUCCUCGGGCACCUGGUCGUCUACCCGACGGAGCUGACCGGGAGCGUGUUUAGCGCCGGGAAUGGCUCGCGGGUGCUGGCGGAGUGGACGCUGGGCCGCGGCGGAGCGUCAGGGAUGGUGUUCAGUCGCGAGUGCAGUCUGGGCAAGGAGCAGGGGAAUGCGACCCGACCUGGCCUCCUGAACGACGAGCGCUUCCGGUACAUCUGCCUGGAAUACUCCCGCUCCCGUUCCACCCUCGCUGCCCCUUCCCACCGCCUCCUCAUCCAAAAAUCCAAUCUCUCGGCCGACGCCGCCUGCUACGACAUCCACUGGGACGCCCUGACCCCCUCCACGACCUCGGAGACCCUCCAGGACUGCCUCUUCCCCUCUCCCGCCACCCCGGGGAUCCUGGGCCCCGCCCGCCUCCCGGAGGGGGACACCCUGACCCUCCCGUACUGGAUCCUGGCGACCGGGGUCAUCCUGGUGGGGCGGGACGAGGACGACGGGGUCCCGGGAUCCCUGGAGGCCGCCGUCAACGCCUCGGGGGUGUGUGUGGGCGGGGCGGGACCGCGGCGGUGGUAUACGUUGUGUGUGGGACGCCCGGAGGAGGAUGUGGUGGCGCUACAUCGGGUGGUGCUGCCGCGGGUGCAGGCGCUGUAUGAGCAUGAUUUUGAUAGUGGAGUGAAAGGUCAGUUGGAUGAGAGUGUUAUUCGGCGACCUAUCUGGAACACCAUGUCCGUGGGCGGCGACGCCAGCGCCCAGCUGGACGCCGGCCUCAUCGCCGACCUGGCGCGCCUCCUCACCGUCGACCUGCAACUCCCGGUGUCGCAACUGCUCGUCGACCCCCGCUGGGAGGGCGUCCUGGCCCUCGGGGAGGACACCCUGGACCCGGUGACCUUUCCCGUCCCGCCGGCGCUGUACUUGGAGCUCCAGGCGCUGAAUAUCAGUCUACAAUUAUCACUCCAUCCCUUUAUUACCUCCAACUCGGCGCUGUUCGCCAACCUGUCCAACAGCGGCCUGCUGGUGGGGGACCGGCGGCAGUAUAAGGUCACGGACGCCUGGUACUGGAUGACGCUGCCCGGGGAGGUCAAUCUCGUGCAGACGGCCAUGCUGGAUCUCACGCUGCAGGCCGCCGUCGACUGGAAGAAGGCGCGGGUGCGCAGUCUCAUGAAAACACUGCAGGGCCGCGAACUGCCGGACAGCCGCUCCGGGUCCUGCCGCUUCCUGGGCGGCUGGACGGGCUGGCUGCGCCCCUCCCCGCCCACCGCCGCCCCCUCGCGCCGCCUCCUGGCCGCCUUCCCCGCCGCCGUCCGCCACAUCUGCGGCGACAACGUCCAGCUCUCCAUCCCACCCCUCUCCGGGUCCUUCGGGCUCCUCCGCCUCCCGGACACCCCGCUAACCAACUCCCCAAGCAUGUCCGCCGCGGACACCCUCCACUCCAUCAUCACCGGCCUCAUCCCCACCGCCCUGCGCACCUCCCUCACCGGGCACCCCCUCUUCAUCGCCCCGAUGGUCGGCGGGAACCCCUUCCUCACGCCGGACCACCUCCUGGACUUCGGGCCCGACGCCGAGGCCCGCUAUCCCCCCGGGGAGCGGUUCCUCCGUUUUCUGGGGGUCGUCCUCUUUCCGGUGCUGGAGUUCGGGGUGAACCCCGCGUACUACUCCGAUGACCUUUCCGUUCUGGAAAACACGUUAACUUUAUUAUCUCUUCGGGAGAAAUAUUUGGAGGUGAUUUUGAGCGCCGCCCGCGAGAGUUGGAUUGAUCCGCGGGUGCCGGUGGUGCGGCCGGUGUGGUGGGAGUGGCCGGGGGAUCCGCGGGCGUGGCGGGUCGAGGAUCAGUAUCUGGUGGGGGCGGGGAUGUUGGUGGCCCCUAUUAUUGAAAAAGGGGCGACGUCCCGGCGGGUUUAUCUGCCGGAGGGGCAGUGGGUCAACGCACAGGGCGGCCGGGAGCGGGCGGGGGUCGUCGAGGUCACCGCCGGGUUGGACACGGUGCCGGUGUUCUUUCGCGUCGUCUGAACGGAAUGGAUUGCUCCAAAUAUUUUUUUUUAUUUAAAACGGAAUUUUACAGAUUUAGUUUAUUUGGCGGCGAUUUAUUAUUGAUCUAAUUUUCUUUCUGUGCCGGUUAUUCGUGGUUUGGGGGAAUCGGAAAAUAUAUUCGCUGGUUUUUUUUUGCAUCGAUUGCCUGUGGACCGUUUGUUGUGGCCGGCGCGGAAUGAUCUUGUGGGAAUUCUCUCGUGUAAGCCGUCAACAUUAUGAAAGCAUAUUUUCGCCGAACUAUCAAAGAUUAUUUCUGAUAUAUUUAAUUCUUCUAUGCGGUUUAUUUACUUUUCUAAUUACUCGAUAUUUACGGUUGCAAAGUGUUGUUUCCAUUAAUUUUUCUUUUGAUUUAUGUCGAAAUUGUAAAAUUAAAUAUACUGCAAUGGA